AUGGCACCAGGCCGUGCCGGCGCCAAGAAGGACGCCCCCAAUCUAAACAAACUUCUUGCUGAUGCAGAGACUCAGUAUGAAGUGGGAAAUCUCGACGAGGCCAUUGCCCUCGCGUCAAAGGCCCUGGAACAGACGGGAGAAGGCGGCGACUUUGAACUCAAGGCCCUGAACUUGCUGGGCGUUUUGAACGUGGAGGACGGUGAGGUGGAAGAGGCUCGCGAAUACUUCUUACGAGCCGUCAAGCUGGACGAGGAGGGAGUUCUGGAGGAAAAGAUUGGUGGCGGCCCCGAGAAGUUUUUGUUCCUGGCUCAGCUGAGUGACGAGGGCGGACAGGACAGCGUCCAGUGGUUCGAGCGCGGCGCCUCUGCUCUGCGGAAACAGAUUCAGACACUGAACGACAUCACCAACCGGACACGUGAGCAGCAGGCUGCUCUCGACGAAAUGCAGAGCAAGCUGGGCGGCGUCCUGUGCGCAGUCGCCGAGGUAUACAUGACGGACCUGUCGUGGGAAGCGGACGCCGAGCAGCGGUGCGAGGCGCUCAUCACCGAAGCCAUGCUCAUUGCGCCCAACUACGCCGAGACCUGGCAGACCGUGGCCAACGUGCGCAUCUCACAAGAACGAGUCGACGAGGCUCGCACAGCGCUGAAACGAAGCCUGGAGCUCUGGCAGGAUCUGCCCCCCGAACACCCUUCGGUGCCGGAAUUCCCCACCAGAGUCGCCCUGGCGCGACUGCUCAUGGAGACGGAGAUGGAGGAGCAGGCCCUCAUGGUGCUGGAGCGACUGGUCACAGACGACGAUUCCAGCGUCGAGGUGUGGUAUCUGGGAGGAUGGUGCCUGUACGUUGCGGGCGAGAAGCUGCGCGAUGCGAAGCAGCCCAACGGCGCCGAGGAUGACGCCAGCGAGGAGUGGAAGGCGACGUGGGGUUACUCGAGGAAGUGGCUGACGCAGUCUCUGAAGCUGUAUGAGCAGGAGGAGUAUGAGGACGAGAGGCUUGGCGAGCAUGCGUCGGAGCUGCUGCAGAGUAUUAAUAAGGAGCUGGGCGAGCCUCCGGAAGGGGAGGACGAGGAGGAGUGGUCUGGGAUUAGCGAUGAUGAAGAGGAUGGUGAUGAGGAGAUGCAGGGUUAG